AGGAGGAGGGGGAUUAGUGCCGCGGACGGCGUGAGGGGAGGCGGCGCGGCCCGUCCGCUGAGCCCCGCCGAGGAGGGAGGUGGCGGCGGCGGACGAGUAACGGUGUGAAGAGUGAGCGAGGCGCCGAGCUGCUGCGGGGAUGAGGGACCGGCUGGCUGAGCUGAUAGCGUGUAAAAAAGAUGAAGAUGGAGAGACAACUGUUGUUGUUGAAAAAGAUUAUUUUAUGGAUGAUUUCUUCCAGCAGGUUGAGGAACUCAGAAACAAUAUAGCUAAAAUAGCACAAAAUGUGGAAGAAGUUAAGAAGAAACACAGCAUUAUCUUGUCUGCACCAAAUCCUGAAGGCAGAACAAAGGAAGAACUCGAGGACCUGAACAAAGAAAUCAAGAAAAUUGCUAAUAAAACUCAAGCUAAGUUAAAGGCUAUUGAACAAAGUUUUGAUCAAGAUGGAAAUGCUAAUCGAACAUCAGUUGACCUCAGGAUACAAAAAACACAGCACUCGGUAUUGUCCUGGAAGCUUGUGGAGGUCAUGACAGAAUACAAUACGACCCAGACCCGAUUUCGAGAACGCAGCAAAGGACGGAUACAGCGACAGUUAGAAAUAACUGGAAAAAACACCACUGAUGAAGAACUGGAAGAAAUGUUAGAAAGUGGUAAUCCUUCUAUUUUCACUUCUGAUAUUAUAUCGGACUCCCAAAUUACUAGACAAGCUCUGAAUGAAAUUGAGUCACGACACAAAGAUAUUAUGAAACUGGAAUCCAGUAUACGGGCACUACAUGACAUGUUUAUGGACAUGGCUAUGUUUGUUGAGACUCAGGGUGAAAUGAUCAACAGCAUAGAAAAGAAUGUGAUGAAUGCAUCAGAUUAUGUAGAACAUGCUAAAGAGGAGACAAAAAAAGCAGUUAAAUAUCAAAGUAAAGCACGAAGGAAAAUGACAUUCAUAAUUAUUUGUGUAACUGUCUUGGUUGUGAUCCUUGGAAUUAUCCUAGCAGCUACAUUAUCAUAGCAAGCACAUUCCAAGAGUUUAAGAAUCUUCAGGCUCCAAAUCACAUCUGCAGUGAAACCAAAUAUCCUAACUUUUUUGUGGUAAAAGAUGCCUUACUCCAUGUUACACAUGAUGUUCAAUGCUGACCUAUCAUUAGUGAUUUAAAGAUGAAAACACAAUGGUACCUAAUGUUUAAUCAUAUCUGUAAAUCAAAGUGUAUAUGGGAAAUGAAUUGGAUUUUCAUCAGAAACCACAUGGAUCUGUCAGUGUGAAGCCUGCUUUUAAUGGUUUUGAACUAAAGUGAUUUGGGAAUUCCAUUUUUUGAUAUUUCAGUGUUAUAAACACAGAAUUUAAUUAGGGAAUUGUGGAACUAUUGAGUUUUGGCUAUUUGGUAUAAUUUUUUCACUUCUAAUGCAAUUUUAAUCAAGAAUCACAUUUGUGUUCUCUUCUUGUUAACAAAAUAAUUGAUUCUCUGAGCACUGUUUUGUAGGCGAUGUAGACAUAACUUUACAUAAAACAUUUACUGGUUAGUCAUCUUGCUCUGUCCAGUUUUUAUAGGAAAAAAAUUCCCUCUUCAACUAAUGGUGCCUCAUUUUAUUUUAAAAAUCAAUUUGUGCAUAAAGAUAUUAUACAAUUCUUUUUAAUUUGAGGGGGAAAUCCUGCUUCCAGAAAGCUUAUGAAGCAACCAAAUAGCGUUCUGUUAAUAGUGACUAUAAAAUUUGAACUGUUUUUAACCUCCCCUCCCCCCAACUAAAGAUUGUUUAGAAGAUUGCACUUAAGUCCAUUUCUGCUUGUUGCAUUAUGUUAGAAUUCUUAGAUUUUGUGGGGGGGGGGAAACACUAGUUAUUGUGAAGUUUAUUGUUCUAUUUACUUUAUCAGAUUUAUUGUGCAUAAUUGCUUAAAAUGUGUGUCUAAUCUAUAUAAUCAAGACAGUUGCUGCAAUGUUUUCCUGGUAUAAAAAUGCAAUAAUGAAGCACAGAUAUAGUAUUUGAACAGUUUGGGAAGAUAUUCCAAAAUAAAAUUUGUUGUGCAUGUGAAACUAAAACUGACAGAGCAAUUUAGCUUUACAACUUUGACCAGAUCGGCAUAAGCCACAUUUCAUCUUGUUUCUUAUAGAGCAAAAAUCAAGACUUAAUUUUCAAAUGUUUGCAAGUGGUGGUGAGAAAUGAUAGUAAUGAAUAGGUUUCCUUAAUUGCAUUAUGUUUAGAUUUGCUAAUAAUACACUGAUUUGUUAUGAAAUUUACUUUUGUGAAUUUAUGUAACAAGUAUGAAGAGUUUAGUAAUAGCUAUCAUAACAGAUAUAUUGCUGCUUGUAAAGUUUUAAACAUUUCAAAGUUAACCAAAAUAGCUGAAUUUAAUGUUACAGGUUAUUUUUGUUCUUGUAUCAUUUCUGUGUAAAAUAUUUAUAAUUUGUAUUUUGAUUUCCCAUUUGAAUAUGUUCAUAUAGAUAUGUAGAUAUAUUUACACUUAAAGUGAAAUAGAAAAAGAAGAAAGCGUGCCUUCUUAAAACAUGGUUUACAUCUCUUCAUUUUUCUGUUUUAAGAUGGUUACAAAUAUUGUUUUGCUUUAGAUAAUGUUAAAUGUUGCAACUUUUUAGUACUGCAGCUUACUGACUCAUUACACAUUAAAAUGUUCUUGUUUAAAAUGUCUGAGAAGCAAGUUAUACAUUAAAAUGUAACUAAUUGAAAUGCUUAGUAAGAUUUACAACGUAUGCCAUCUGUUGAAGGAUAUUCCUGCUUGAUGCUGUCCAAAUAUACUGUGAAAUUUUCUUCAGAUUGUAUUUUGCAAAUGGUGAUCCAUGGUGAAAGCAGAUAGGAACAAAUAGGCUUCUUUAGUUGCAUUUUGUUUGGGAUUGCUGAAUAAGAUCUUGAUUCAGUAAUUUUAUCUUGAAAACACUUGUAAAAGAUUAUUCAUGGACUCUUACAAAUCGGCUAUCAAGAAAUUUAUUGAAAUUUUCAUCUUAAUUAAUGAACAAAUUUCUUUACCUUUCCUUGAGUUCGGACACCCAGGAGUGACUAUGCAAAAUACUGACAGUUGGUUGACUUGAAAUGGUCAGUUCUUAAGUAAAAUGUAUUUUUAUUUAAUAGCUUUGUUUUCUAGUAUUUAGUAAUAAAACUUAUUUAUAGAAAUGUACAGAUUAUUCUAUUUAAGAAAAAUAUCAGAUAAUGCUGUUGACAGACGUGGAUUAUCUACAUCAACCAAAAAAAAGUGUGUAACUUUUUACACUCAUUUGCAAGAGAUUCUCCAUUCAGAAUAUAAAUUGAAAGGGUCAUUUUUUACUACUUUAUAUUUGUUCAUAUACUUGCCUCACAAUUUUGUUUUUUAAAAAAGAAAAGAAAAUACAAGUAUAUUUCAAAUUCCACACAGGUGUGCACAUGCUUACUUCCUUGUCACUUCAGGAGCAAAGAACUGGUUUGUAGUUUAAUUUAAAAAAAAAAAACCCUCUAAUUUCCCAUUCACUAAUAAAUUUAUCUAUGCAAGCAUUUCACUUGUGACUACUU